AUGGUCCGGAUUGCCCCCUUCGCCGUCGAACAAUGGAUGGACGAGUACGAGACAACGCCUGGAGUCCUGAACGUUGCAGAGACAUGCGCUGCUUCGGUUUCCAUAGACGAUUUGGUGGGUAUGUGUACAGACGCAAAGACGCCAGGUCCUAUUGAUACAAGCAUCAAACUUACUUAUGGUGCUAUUCCCGGCUCGCCCCUUUUGCGAGAACGAAUUGCUGCCAUUUGCAGCAACGAAGACACUCGGCUCGCCGCUGAGGAUGUUGUCGUUGCCCAAGGUGCAAUUGGUGCCAAUUUCUUGGCUCUAUAUAGCAUUGGCGCAGAAGUCACGCUGUGGAAGUUGAAAGAAGAAGAAAACUGCGUGCCCAACACAGAUGAACUGGCAGACAUGAUCCAGAAAAACACAAAGAUGAUCAUAAUCAACAAUCCCAACAACCCCACGGGAGUACCUAUCCCGAACAGUGUGCUAAAACGUAUUGCCCAAAUCGCACAGGAAAAAGACAUAAUUCUUUUCUCAGAUGAGGUUUACCGGCCGCUAUUCCACGGGGGAGCUUCUGGUGAGAUGGAAGUACCGCAACCAGCAACGACCUUGGGCUACGAAAAGUCGAUUGUGACAGGAUCCAUGUCGAAAGGAUAUGCUCUGGCUGGCAUCCGAGUUGGGUGGAUUGCCAGCAAGGAUAAAUCGAUUAUCUCGGCGGUGAUGGCGGCACGAGACUAUACGACCAUCAGCGUCUCGCAGAUAGACGACCAAAUCGCGAGAUAUGCUCUGUCGCCAGCAGUGCUGCCAUCUCUUGUCGAUCGUAACUUGACCUUGGCGAGAACCAAUUCGCGUCUGGUCAAGGAGUUUAUCGCUCGCUACAAGUCGGUAUGCUCAUGGGUGGAGCCUACAGCCGGUACAACCGCGUUUGUUCGGUUCAGUAAGGAUGGUAAGCCUGUUAACGACGUCGACUUUUGCUUGGAUCUGUUGCGUAAGCACAACGUGUUGCUAGUGGCGGGUUCGAAAUGUUUUGGUAGCGACGAGGACUUCAAAGGCUAUGUGAGAAUGGGUUAUGUCUGCGAGACAGAGGUUCUGGUCGAGGGACUAAAGCGAUUGGGGGCUUGUAUCGAGUCAAACUUGUUGUAG